CGCCGCCUUGAGAGUGACAAGCACUGUUCGCGUCCCCUCAUCAACCUGCCAACAAUGUCCAGCCCCGUGUAUGACGAUGAGGAUUAUGUUGUACCUCUAGAGGAUCAGCGAGUAUUCGGGGCUGGUAUCAAGAGAAAGCGGGUGCCUUUCGUGCGAGCAUCUGAUGACCUGCAAACGACUUUCGCCAAAGACACCACCGAACCCUCCGCCACUGUCGCCGAUAAAUAUUUCGCUAUUGUGAUGUCAAAAAAGCGAAGGAAGGAGGAAGAACGGUUAGAGAAACAGCGAAACGACGAUAACAUUAUAACCGCAGAGGAGCUUGCUUCUGCGCCUGCCACAUCAACAACACUUCCAGCUGCUAACACUCAACAACAGCUGUUGCAUACUGAGGAUACAACACCUUCAGCGCACAUCACUUCAUGCGAAAUAUGUAGUCUCCCAAUAGCGAAAGACUCGGCAGGCGAAAAAUAUUUCGAGAAUGAGACAGAACUUCCUUCAAAACCACCGAACACACCCCACGAAGCAUCAAUCGCCCACCAAGUAUGCUUAGAACACUCACACCCUCCAUCUCAUCUAGACCGCACCAGUCGUGGGUUUCGCUAUCUGGCUUCCUAUGGCUGGGAUCCUGACAAUCGUAUUGGACUUGGUAUGGCAGGACGCACGGGUAUUCGUGAGCCUAUCAAAACAAAGGCAAAAAACGAUACCAUUGGAUUGGGCUUGAACGUUGAUGAAAGCACAACCGCGGCGAAAAAGAAGUUACGGCAGCAGCAUCAGGAGCAACAUCAGAAGCUCAAUGCGAAACAGGUACGUAAUGGCCAGAUAGCAGACAGGAAGAAAGGUGAUAAACUCCGCGAGUUGUUUUACGGAAGCGAUGAUAUACAACGAUACUUAGGCGAAACUUGAGAAAAAAUUUUAUAAAUAUUGAAAAUGAUGAAUCAUUGAAUGAUAAA